CCCCCCCUCCCCUCCUCUCCAAUACCCACCGCGCAGUUGGAUUCAGUUACAGUCAGCGGCUGGAUGGCGAAACAUGUAGUGGAACAAUUGAGCCGCGCAUUAUGAGAAGCAGCGGUAAGAAUCCACGAUGCGCGAACAGCUGGACAGAUUAGUGAGAUGCGAGACAGCAGGAAGGCAUCUGGGGGUGAAAGUUGGUGGAUGCGCGCUGGAUCCCGGAGCGGCAGGCAGGAUGAAGUGAGGCUCUGCGCGCAGGAGGAGCGUGCCACGGACAGACAUCUGGAUCCGACCUCGGUGGGAAUCGUUUCUGGAACAAACAACUCGGCUCCGGUACAUCAAUGAGGGAUGUGACUGUGUGUGUCUCUGUCCAGACGGGGUUGAUGAAGCCCUCUGCGGUGUCAUGCUUCUUGCCCCGCAGCCAACAAGCGCGCACCCCUUGCGGCUCGUAGUGUGCUUCCUCCUCCUCUGUGGCGCCGGGGUCCUGGCAUCCCCGAUCAUCACCGCCGGCUGCCCGGACAGGUGCGUCUGUGAUGACCAGUUUGUGGUUCAGUGCGCCGGGCAGCACCUGACCACCUUCCCGGUCAACCUGCCGCUGGCGACGCGGCAGCUCAUCAUCUCCAACAACCGCAUCUCGGAGCUGCCGCCUCUGGCGCUCAAUUACCUCUCCGACCUGGUUUACCUGGACUGCAGCAACAACACGCUGACGGAGAUAUCGGAGUCCACCUUUGGGAACCUGCGCAAACUGGCCUACCUGGACCUCUCCUUCAACACCUUGCACCGGAUUGAGGACAGGACGUUCGGCCCCUUGGCGAGCCUGGUGAUGCUGAGGAUGACGGACAACCCCGGGCUCUCCGACAUCCACCCGGACGCCUUUCUGGAGAACGAGGCCCUGCAGGUGCUCGACGUGAGCCGAAACAACCUGACUGCGCUCAACAUCACCUCUCUGAUCGCGCUGCCCACUCUGCGCUCCGUAGGACUCAGCGGGAACCCGUGGAGCUGCCAGUGCGACAACGAGGACCUCUGCCUCUGGGUCCACCUGGAGACCUUCAAGUUCCAAGAUGAGGGCCAGACGGUAUGUGGAUCACCUGCUGACAUGCAAGGUCGCCGUCUGAGUGAGGUGGGCAUUCAGCUGCGGACGUUAUGUCACCAGUCGCUGGACUCUUUGGACUACCUUUUUUUCGUCGUCAUUGGCUUUGUGAUCUUCGCCGCCGGGACUGUGUCGGCGUGGUUGAUGGGUGUCGUCAUGGUGCUUUACGAGCGUUACAUCAAGAAGAAAGACGACCAGCUGGAACUGGAGAAUGAGGAAGAAGGUAUUGAGAUGGAUAAUGCAUCAAGAGGCAGAACAGACCGGGGGAACAGGAGUUUAAAAACUUCACAUACUGUUUAAAAGAAUUAAUCCCAUUUUGUCUGCCAUGGAUUCCUAGAGUGCCUCCUGUACACCUUAACUGCUGUCUGUUAAAUGUAAUCUAAAUUCAAUGUGAAGUCUUUUUAAUAAGGUCUGCUCGCAAACAAAAACCAAACUUUACAGAAAUAUUAGGAAUGUCUUUCUAAUAUUUUCUAGUUGGCUUUUAGGGGACGAUAUUGAUUUUUAUAAACUUUAUGAUUGCUGGGUGGAUACAUAAAUCAUAUAUGCAAACAUUCAAUUAUACUCUGUAUCUGAGUUGGACAGAAAAACUGUCUGCAUUGGUAAAACUGCUAUAAAUUCUGUAAAGCUUUUCUUAAAGGCACCCACAUUCAUUUCAUUUUACUAUGCUUUAUUUUCCUGCAUAUCGUGUUCUAAACUAGGUGGACAUUGUUUUAUACUGUUACAUGUUUUAGCAUCUCUAGUGAAAAACUAUUUAUUAAAAAACUUUGAUAAAUCUCCUACUUUUCAAAGGCACACUCUGCUUUGAUUACACUGAAUAGCAGCUGUUUAAGGGGAUAGUUUAAGGUAUGUGAAGCGAGAUUGGGCUAAAGUAUCAGCUGUAGAUAUGUUAUCUGCUGUAUAUUACUCUCUUGCCAGCUUCUUUUAAUUCAAAUCCAGAUCUUUUGGUCUUGGAGGCUGAUCCUAACUAGUCAGA